CUUUUCCCCAAAGUUAACUACACAGAGGCAUCUAUUUUCAUCUUCUAUCAUAUAAAAUCAUCAAAUUAGGGUUUACAAAAUCAAAAUCCGAUGGCAGAUCUUGAAUAUCUGAAUUCAUUAUGUACAACUCACCCGGAGCUUUCGGACUGGUAUCAAACAAUUGCUGAUUUGUAUCAAAGGAAGCUUUGGCAUCAACUUACUAUUAAGCUUGAUCAAUUCAUUGCUCUCACUGUCUUUCAGGCUGGCGAUGCUCUCAUUCAACUAUAUCAUAAUUUCAUCACCAAAUUCGAGACCAAGAUCAACCUUCUCAAGCUUGCACAUUUUGCUGUUAUAGUAUCUCGACAGUAUGCAGAGAAAGAAGCUGCCAACAGUUACCUUGAAGGAGUGAUCGAGAAGCUUCGAGCUACAAAAGAGAUGCGUAUCGAGGAGCCAAUCCUUUAUAUUAAGAUGCAGAUAGCCAUGAAUAAUCUCGAGAAAGGAGAUCAAAAGGAGUGCAAGAAUCUCUUAGAGGAUGGGAAGAGUACCCUUGAUAGCAUGACUGACAUUGAUCCGUCCGUAUAUGCCAACUAUUAUUGGGUGUCAUCUCAGUACCACAAGUCUCGUCAGGAGUUUGCUGAGUUCUACAAGAACUCUUUACUUUAUUUAGCAUACACAUCUGUAGAGUCCCUGUCGAAUGCGUUUAAGCUGGAUCUUGCAUUUGAUCUGUCGCUGUCUGCUUUGCUCGGAGAAAACAUUUACAACUUUGGGGAACUACUUGCGAAUCCAGUAAUCAAAAGUUUGUUAGGGACAAAGGUUGAAUGGCUCUACUAUAUUCUUGAAGCAUUCAAUUCUGGAGAUCUUGUUCGCUAUCAAGAACUAUGUCGUGUUCAUGCUGCUUCUCUUAAUGCUCAGCCUGCAUUGGUGGAGAAUGAGAAGAAGCUUCUAGAAAAGAUUAACAUCCUCUGUUUGAUGGAAAUUAUCUUCAGCCGACCAUCAGAAGACAGAACUAUCCCAUUGAGCAUCAUUGCAGAGCGAACAAAGCUUACUGUUGAAGACGUUGAACAUCUUCUCAUGAAGAGUUUAUCUGUGCAUCUUAUAGAGGGAAUAAUUGAUCAAGUUGAGGGAACAGUUUACGUGUCAUGGGUGCAACCUAGAGUUUUGGGAAUAGCUCAAAUAAAAUCUUUGCGUGAUCGGCUGGACGGCUGGGUCGGCAAGGUCCAUACUGCUUUGACAUCCGUUGAAGCAGAAACACCUGAUCUAGUAGCAUCUUGAGUUUAUUUAUUUCUACAUGUCUCUUGUUUUGUAAAACGUUUUUAAUAGCUCAAAGAAUAGCCAGCGACUGUCGUUAAAGAUGAAGAUGUUAAUGUUGCACUUAUUUGGCUAUGUAAGAUGCUUAUUCAUUUUCAUUCUUUCAAA